AUAUUCUAUAAGGAAAAUAUUUGUGUAACUACGUGUCUAAAUUUUUGAUUUAGCUGUUAAUUAUUAAAGUGUUUGUGAAUUUUGGCAGCCCUUAUUAUUUAUUUUUUACCAGACAUAUUCUAUGAAUAUAUACAUAUGUACAUAUCAUAUUCUACCUUAUUCCAUGUGAAUUUAGGCAAUUCCCUGUCUCAUUGGAAUAAAAAAACAAGGAAAAAUAAUAACGACUCAUCUUUAAUCACGUACAAUACAGAAUUUUCUUCCUGAGUACUGUUUUACUGAAAUUAGAAGUUUAUGUAUUAUUAUAUUUUUACUGAAAAACAGUGCUGCGGAUUUUUUUAAAAUGUCGGAUACAGAUCGUCGCAGAAUGGAUGGUGAUACGAAUCACAGAGCUGAUAUUGACAGAGCAUCAAGUGGUACAGGCCGUGUUGAUGGAUCAACGAUUGAUGAAUUCCGAGAUCGCAGGCAAUUUUCCUGGUAUCCCCGUGACAGUGCCUCCAGUGAAUUAAGCGAUAGCAGAGACCCAAGACACCAUCAAGUGAUUGGUUUCACUAUAUUGCAGCCUGUACCAUUUGUACGGGAGACUGGCAUUCUCACGCCAAGUAAUAUUAUUUUCAUUUGCGGAGUUCCACACCCACAGGCAAGCAGGUUUACCGUUUACCUACAAAAAGGAGACAGUCAUGAACCUCCAUUAGUCGCAAUGUGUGUUGAUGCCAGAUUUGUCUUCGGAGGUGACCGAAACAUUGUUGUUCGGAAUCAUAAAGAUGGCAACUGGGGUCGAGAGGAGAGGAAUAUCUCUUAUUUCCCAUUCAGGCCAAAUGCAUCCUUUGAAAUGAUUAUCUUGGUUGAGCAAAACUGUUUUAAGGUUGCCGUAAACAACAAACACAUGCUGGAGUUCAAUCACAGGAUCACACCUGGUGAUAUUGAUACAGUCCGCAUUGAUGGCGACGUAACGCUCCACCAAGUCCGGAUCCAGUAUUGAGAAGCAUAUGCGAAUAGCACGCUACCUAUAUUUGACAAUGAUGGAUCAGAAAAUACGUAGAUGUUGUAAUAUAUUAUAUAACGGUUCUCUAUGAUUUUCCUUUUAUAUUAAUUUAUACAAUGUAAUGUAUAUUUCAAAAUUAUUUCUAAGGGAGUCGAAUGUACGAAAUGCAGAUCUAUGAUAAAUAAAUACAGGGUAUAUACACUGUGAUCCUAAAAGACCAAAAGAAUGAGUCAAAGUACAUAGGGACUUUUAUGGUUGCUACACGGCAUUUAAAUACUGCUAUUGUAAGAUUUUAUAAUAAGAUCUAAACAAUAUUUUUUUCAAAACAAACCAAUGUGCCAAAAGACAUUAUAAUUCAUUUACAGAAUGCAGUGAUAUUAACCGUCCAAGGUCAAAAUAACAAGUGGAAAUAACUUUAUAACUAUUAUUGAUAAUAAGACUGACGUUUUAUAUUUUCAAGAAUAAAAGCUUUUCCAAAUCACUUGUAUGCGUACCACCCAUGAAUACGUAAAUUCGUAUACUAUUAAGUGGAAAUUUUCGUUUUAACCCUUAUCAUGUUGAACACGAUUGAUUCUGUCAUUGAGACCAGUGUAGAUCAUGAUCAGCCUGCACAUCCUCAUGGUCUGCACUGCUCGCUAUUCAGUCAGUAAAUUUUCAUUGAACACCCUUUCGAAUAAUAAAUGGUACUGUCCAAAUUGAAUGAUGGACCAUUUCAUUUUAGAAAUUUAGUGGGCUUAGGGCUACGGUCGUGGAUUUGUAAUGGCACUCUAAAACAUCAGUGCGAUAAUGUAUUUUCUUUAGGCAAUACGGCAUGUUUCGGAAUUAAUUAAAUUACGGGUCAACUUACUUAAAGAACAUAUUUUGAAAUCAUAAUUUUACUUUGACAGUUGUCAAUAUCGCUCCAAAUAUUGGUACUUUUACACUGAUAAAACAUAUAAGAGUAGAAAACACCGACAUUUAGUAAACAUUUAAUUUUCUAUGCUAAGCAAAAUCAUGGAGAUAAUGAGGGUAUAGAUUUGAACUGAGUUGUUUAAAAUAUAGUUGGAUGCAACGCUUUAAAUUGGACAAGUGCGAGCAAUGGUUUAUAUACUGAGACUUUAUUCACAGCAAAACUUACUAACAAAAAAAAGAAAAGAACACAAAACAUACAAGAAAUAAAGCACAAAGUAUACAA